UCGCGCGAGUACACCAUCCACCUUCACAGGAGAGUGCACGGUGUCAGCUUCAAGAAGCGCGCUCCUCGUGCUAUCAAGGAGAUCCGUGCCUUCGCUGAGCACGCCAUGGGCACCAAGGACGUCCGCCUCGACCCCCAGCUCAACAAGAAGGUCUGGGAGUCCGGUAUCAAGGGUGUCCCCUUCCGUCUCCGUGUCCGCAUCUCCCGCAAGCGUAACGACGAGGAGGGCGCCAAG